AUGCAUACAUCCACAGAAACCCAAGCUACUGUGAUGACACCCAUCUCGAAACAGCGUAAUUUGACGUCAAAAAGGCGUAAAGUUAAAUCUCCGCGCGUAUUUACUACCCGAACGGUGCCUGACAGCCAAGAGAAAACAGCUGAUCGCUCGCCGACUGGCGAUGUGAUGACUGGUAACGCUCCAGUACCUUCAUCUGUCGCCAGCUGUACGUUUAACAGCGACCCUCCGCCACCGUCACCGCCCCUGCCGGCGGCUUCCCCGUAUGUUAGUAACGACAGUAAAAAGACGUUCUCUGCGAUUGUGCAGAAUGGACGGCCGAAGAAACAGUCCAGUACUGUCCAAGAGGAGUGGACUUUGGUUCAAAAAAAAAGGAGACUGAGAAAUCGUUUUGUAGGAAGUACAGGAAAAGCAAUUCUCGACUUAAAUAGUAAUUUUAAGGCAGCGGAUAUUAAAGUGCCAAUAUAUGUAUACAAUGUGUCUAAAGAGACAACUGAAAGUGACAUCAAAGCUUAUUUACUGCAAAAGACUAACUUAGACAUAAAGAUUGAUAAAAUAAACAUGAAAUUAAGUAAGGACUAUAACGGGUACAUAGCUUUUGUACCAAAGCAAAAGCUAGAAUUAUUUUUGAAAGACGAUUUCUGGCCCGAAGGUAUUUUAUACCGCCGUUACUUUGAUUUUAAACGAAAGCAGGGUACGCCUGCUUAUCGGGAGAUAAAUGGAGCUAAUUUAUCAAUUGAUGGAUAG